GACCAUCCAACUGUCACACUUGUUAGUUUCUAAUAAACAGAAACAAAGAGCAGCAGAAAACUGAUCAGAAAAACAAAACAAAACAAAAUGGCAGCCUCUCUACAAGCAGCUGCUACUCUUAUGCAACCAACUAAGGUUGGUGGUGUCUCUGCCAGAAACAACUUGCAAUUGAGGUCAUCUCAAAGUGUGGGCAAGGCAUUUGGUCUUGAACCAUCUGCAUCCAGGCUUUCUUGCUCUUUGCAAACUGAUCUUAAAGAUUUUGCUCAGAAAUGUACUGAUGCUGCCAAGAUUGCUGGAUUUGCCCUUGCCACUUCUGCCCUUGUUGUCUCAGGAGCUAAUGCUGAAGGAGUUCCAAAACGUCUAACCUUUGACGAGAUUCAGAGCAAGACAUACAUGGAAGUAAAGGGAACUGGAACUGCCAACCAGUGCCCUACCAUAGAUGGAGGUGUUGAUAGCUUUGCCUUCAAGCCAGGCAAAUACAACGCCAAGAAGUUCUGCUUAGAGCCAACAUCAUUCACCGUCAAGGCAGAGGGCGUAAGCAAAAAUUCAGCCCCAGACUUCCAAAAGACCAAGCUUAUGACUCGCUUAACCUACACUUUGGAUGAGAUUGAGGGACCCUUUGAAGUAUCUCCUGACGGCACUGUUAAGUUUGAGGAGAAGGAUGGAAUUGAUUACGCUGCUGUUACUGUCCAGCUUCCUGGUGGUGAGCGUGUUCCGUUCCUCUUUACCAUCAAACAACUUGUGGCAUCUGGAAAGCCUGAGAGCUUCAGUGGUGACUUCCUUGUGCCAUCAUACAGAGGUUCAUCAUUUCUCGACCCAAAGGGCAGGGGUGGAUCCACUGGUUAUGACAAUGCUGUUGCAUUGCCAGCUGGAGGCAGAGGAGAUGAAGAGGAGCUCCAGAAAGAGAACGUAAAGAAUACCGCGUCUCUAACAGGAAAGAUCACAUUUACUGUUACCAAGAGCAACCCACAGACUGGUGAGGUGAUUGGAGUGUUUGAGAGCAUUCAGCCAUCUGAUACUGAUCUGGGGGCAAAGACUCCUAAGGAUGUAAAAAUCCAGGGUAUCUGGUAUGCCCAGCUUGAAUCAUAGAGAGAUCUUAGACCUUGUGAAUGAUUUCUUGGUUUUUAAUUUUGUUAUAAGUUACUACAAGGUUUAAACUUUCUGUGACCCAAUUGGACAAUGAAUGAGACAACUAUCUUGCUGUAUAUUAUCAAGUAUAAGUAAUAAUCUAUUAAGAUAGUGAGUUGCAAAAUGCUGAUAUUUACUUAGAUUUGCUAAGUGUUCA